AUUUGUCCAACAGCUCCAGAUAGUGUCCAAAGGUUCUGCAGCGUUGCUAACUGCUGAAACACCGUUUGCAAGCCGGAGUAACCGGAGAAGACCCACACAGGCAUAAGGAGAACAUACAAGCUCCACACAAAAACACCCCUGAUGGCUUCUGCAUGGCAAAGUGUCCUGUCUGUGCACCAGAGGAUAGUGGCCAAUGGAGACAGGAGGACUGACCCGUGGCUGCUGGUCUACUCCCCCGUCCCCGUGUCACUCAUCUUUCUGGUUUACCUCUGUGUGGUCUGGGCCGGCCCUCGGCUGAUGAAACACAGGGAACCCGUUGACCUCAAAGUCGUUCUCAUUGUUUACAACUUCGCCAUGGUCGGCCUGUCUGCCUACAUGUUCUAUGAGUUCUUAGUCACAUCAUGGCUCUCAAACUACAGCUAUCUCUGUCAGCCUGUAGAUUACAACACCAGCCCAUUGGCAAUGAGGAUGGCCAGAGUUUGCUGGUGGUUUUUCUUCUCCAAGGUCAUAGAGCUCUCUGACACGCUCUUCUUCAUCCUGAGAAAGAAGAACAGUCAACUGACUUUCCUUCAUGUCUACCACCAUGGCACCAUGAUCUUCAACUGGUGGGCGGGAGUCAAGUAUGUGGCCGGAGGACAGUCAUUCUUCAUCGGCCUGGUCAACACCUUUGUUCACAUAGUGAUGUACUCUUACUACGGCCUGGCUGCAAUUGGCCCUCACAUGCAGAAGUACCUGUGGUGGAAACGAUACCUAACGUCUCUGCAGCUGAUGCAGUUUCUGAUGUUCCUUGUGCACACGGGCUACAACCUGUUCACAGAGUGUGACUUCCCCGACACCAUGAACAUGGUGGUGUUUGGUUACUGUGUCACCCUCAUCAUCCUCUUCAGUAACUUCUAUUAUCAGAGCUACCUCAGCAAGAAGAAGCAGAAAUAAGACGCAGUGGUGAGGCGUUGACACACAAUCGAACACACUGAGGCUUUAAUGAGAGGCGCUUACGCGAUAGUGUGACAAAGUAUUUUGCACAGUGAGUCAAGUGUUCUGUGUCUGCAGUCCCCACCAGUGUCCACUAGAGGGCACAACAUGUCCACAGUGUGAAGGUUUUUCUAAUGGUCCUCAUCAACUGUCUGUUCUACACAAACUUGAACAUUGAAUAUUUUACAGACAUAUACAACUAAUGUGAACAAGCUCAGUCCUCUCUGCAUUAUUUUUAAUGUAAAAAUGACGAACAUGAUUGUUGUAAACAAACUGUACAUUUUAUACAUACAAUAAUAAAGUAGGUUGGUCUCUGCAUUAUUGCAGAAUUUAUUAGCCCAAACCCUCCUCAGUAAAUAAAUCCAAAAGCAAAAAACACAAAAUACAGAAAUGCAAACAUUUUUUUUCCACUGCUAAAACAACACGGCAAAAUGAUAUAUUCUUUUCUACACUUCAGUCUAAAGUAGAUUGAAACAUGUAGAUUAGAGAGGAAAAAACAUGGGAGGAGGGAAAGGUUUCAUUUAAAGUCCAUUCAGGGACUUUGUAGUGACUGAAGUUUAUGUAUUAAAGCUGAAAGAACUGUAUGUGUAAUCUCAGCCUGAUUGUACUGUAAGCGUGCAAGUCUUCGCACCAAGACAAAUUCUCUGUACAUGAUGAGUUCUUGGCCAAUAAAUGUGAUUCUGAAUCUAAGAAGGAAAGCUUAUGUCUCUUAUGGACCUCGAUGGGAAGAUAGUUUAAAAAGUCCUAAUAAGAAAAGGAAACUUCAAUGUAAUUUCUCCCUUCAUGUAAAAUGAGUAAAAAUCUGACCAAAAUGUUUUUUUGUUUUCUUCCUUCUUACAUAUUUCAAAUCUUUCUAACCCAGCGGUUCCCAGCUUGGAUGUCUGACCCCUAAGACAAAUCUGAAAGGUGUCAGAAUAAUUAAAGGGGACUUCCAGCAAUUUAGCAUUGUACUUUCAUUAUGUUAAGGGACAUGCAAGCGACAGAUUAAAAACAGAAGGGGCAAAAUCGAUCCAGUAGAGGUUGAGAUAUCCUGACUUUUAGUCUCUUGCUCCAAAAAAUGAUCCUGCUGAUCCUACAAUUCUCAUACUACAACUCGGCAGCGUCUUUGGGAAGACCCCUCCUGCAGGGUAAACACCUACAUAUCUAAAACUACACAUUCCAAGUUUAGAACAGAGGCUUUCUGUUAUAAAUCUGUAUCGAGCCCAAUCCCAAAUAACCAUGAUGACAUCACCAUGGCAUCAUUGAGGUUAUUUUCUCAGAGUUUAGUAAGCUUCCUUCACAGACACAGAAAACAUUUUACAUGUGUUUUAUAGGCUGUUUAGUACUUACUCCUCAGGACAAGUUAACUGAUCUUAAUGUGUAAAAUCAGUGUGUCCCUUUAACAGAAUCAGACAAUGCAUCAAUUUUUUGAUUUUUCCUCAAAUCUUUGCUCAUUUACUCAUGAAUUACUGAAUAAUUUUACAUCUGAAAAUGGUUCACAUAACACCUGGAAAAAUCACUUUUUGUUAUACUGGUGACAUUUUUGUUUUGAGGGGUCACGAUCCAUAAAGGUUAGGACUUAAACCAACUCUGCAUCUUGACUAUUCAGGUAGUGUAAGGUUAGUAGUCUCAACUGACUUCAAAGCUUUUUUUGUCUGUUGGUUUCCAGUAGGUCAGAAGAAUCUAUAAAUCAUUUUUGAUUCACUGUGUGAGCUAUAUUUUGCUGUUGGAAAAAAGAAAAAAAAAACGAAACAAGAACUAGAGAAGAAGUGAUCCGAGUGUGUAAAGAUGCAUGUGAAGGGAGUUGUACUGCAAAGUAGUAGAGUGGG